AUGAUUCCUGGUUAUAAAUGUGACAGGCAGCACCCUCUGCUCUCUGUCAUCGGAGGUCUCAACUCCAAAUCCUCAAGGCAGAUGGCCUCCAUCUUCAGCAUCUUCAAGGUCGCACAGUGGAACUGGGUUGGUCUUCUGGCCCCUGAAGAUGACACUGGAAAACGUUUCAUCUCAUCUGUGACACCGAUGCUCGAGGAGAAGGCCUUCACUGAAACAUUGAAAUCUGAUGAUAAAUACAUUGCAGUGAUAAAGUUGCUUCACAUUUUCAAAGCCUGGCUUAAACAUGAAGUGAUUAUUCUCAUUGCAACGCUGACAAAAACUUUUUAUCAAUCAUUUCCUGAAGGAGUGGAGUGUGAAGCUCAUAAGAUUAUGCAAACUGUAUGUGUAGCGAGGAACCCUCUGCGAACUGUGGAGGACUAUUACAAGCCUGGAGAUCUCAUUAUUGGGGGGAAUUUGCUCCUGGAAAAGUUUGCUCUCUUUGAAAUGAUAGAGUUUCACCAUCAGCCAUCAAAGACAGGAAUUACAAAAAGCAUUGAAUUCAAGAAUUAUCCGCUAAUUCUGGCCUUGGUACAUGCAGCCACAAAAAUCAACAAGGAUUUGGUUCUGCUUCCCAACAUCACACUCGGCCUCCAUAUUUAUGACAAUAAGGAGACUGUUAGGAGGAUUUCCUGGAACAGCCUCUCUCUUCUGUCCACACGACGCCGAAUGGUUCCAGCUUACAAAUGUGACAAGCAGGAUACAUUGCUCUCUGUUGUUGGAGAUGUCAACUCCCAAUACUCAAGGCAGAUGGCCUCCAUCUUCAGCAUCUUCAAGGUCACACAGCUAGGUUUCCACUUCCUCAAGUUCACUCAGGAAGACAGAACUGUGUUUCCUUCCUUUUUCCGGAUCAGCCCCAAUGAACUUCCUCAGUAUGAGGGUUUAGUCCGGCUGCUCCUGCAUUUCCAGUGGAACUGGGUUGGGCUGGUGGCCCCUGAAAAUGACAAUGGAGAACUUUUCAUCUCAACUCUGAGGCCGAUGCUCCAGGAGAAGGAGAUCUGCCUGGCCUUCACUCACCUGUUGGAAUCUGUAUCUGUUGCCUUUUCAGCGGAAAAGUACCCCUUGAACCCUCAAGGAGACCCCUUUCUCCUUCUCUGGUGGGAAAGGAUUUUUGGCUGCAAGAUCCAGAAACCAGGAGUGAGACUUAAAAAGGGGGAAAAACAAUGUACGGGAAAGGAGAAUUUAAAGGAUGUGCCAUCUUACAUGUUUGAAACAAGCAUGACAGGCGAAAGUUACAAUAUCUACAAUGCUCUUUAUGCUGUGGCACACGCUUUACAUACCAUGCGUGGAUCAGGAGCACAACCAGCCAUGAUGAGGCUUGGAAAAAGGAUCACAAAUGUCCAGUCAUGGCAGCUUCUUGCCUAUUUGAAGAAUGUCAGGUUCAAUAACAGUGCUGGAAAUGAAGUCUCAUUCUUAGAAAAUGGACCCAUGUCUGCUCGCUAUGAUCUUCUCAACUGGAUUUUCCUCCCCAAUCAAUCUUUUGUCCACAUGAAAGUUGGGCAAAUGGAUCCCGGGGUUUCCCAAGGCCAGGAUUUUACCAUCAACUCCAAUGCAAUCAUCUGGGCCAAAAAGAAAGUGCCCUUUUCCAGGUGUGGAAGGAAGAGGUGCCAGGCAGGUGAGAAGAGAACUGUUCCAGAGGGUGAGCAGGUUUGCUGCUACAAAUGUGACCCUUGUCCAGAAGGCACCAUUUCUAAUCAGACAGAUGCAGCUCGCUGUGACUCCUGCCCAGAAGAACAAUAUCCCAACAAGGACAAGGACCAAUGCAUUGCCAAGAAGAUCCACUUCCUUGCCUAUCAAGACACUCUGGGAUACUCUUUAGCAUCUCUUACUCUUUCUCUCUCUUUGAUCACAUUGGCAGUUCUAGUAAUUUUCCAUAAGCAUCGUGACACACCGAUCAUCAAGGCCAACAAUCGAGAUCUGACAUACAUCCUCCUGGUCUCCCUCCUGCUCUGCUUCCUCUGCUCCUUCCUCUUCAUUGGUCAACCAAGGAAGCUCACCUGUCUCUUACGGCAAACUGCCUUUGCCAUUCUCUUUUCCCUUGCAGUUUCCUCUGUGUUGGCAAAAACUGUCAUGGUGGUUCUGGCCUUCAUGGCCACCAAGCCAGGAAACAAAACAAGGAAACUCUUAGGAAAACCACUGACCAACUCCAUUGUCAUAGUGUGUCCCCUGGUCCAAGCACUUCUUUGUGCCACCUGGCUGGGAACCUCUCCUCCAUUUCUAAACUUGGACUUCCACUCCUUGUUUGGAGAGACCAUCUUGGAAUGUAAUGAAGGCUCAGCUUCAAUGUUUUACACUGUCCUUGCCUUCCUGGGUUUUUUGGCCCUCAUCUGUUUCACUGUGGCCUUUCUGGCUAGGAAAUUGCCUGAUAGUUUUAAUGAAGCCAAGUUCAUUACUUUUAGCAUGCUGGUCUUCUGCAGUGUUUGGAUCACCUUCCUCCCCACCUACCUGAGCACCAAAGGGAAGUCCAUGGUGGCCGUGGAGAUUUUCUCCAUUUUGGCCUCUGGAGCUGCUCUUUUGACUUGUAUUUUUUUUCCAAAAUGCUACAUUAUCCUACUAAGACCCGAUCUGAAUUGUAGGGAAAAUAUGAUAAGAAACAAAAAUCCUUGA